GACAGGGACGAGCUAGGUGGAGAGAGAGAGAGAGAGAGUAAGAACAACAGCAGGAACCAACAGAACCAACUCACCUGGACUCAGUGAUGGUCUGGUUCCUUGUUCUCCAUGUUCUCAUCUGUUCUUUCAUUUCCAUGUUCUCCCCUGUUCUACAUGUUCUCCAUGUUCUCCUCUGUUCUCCAUGUUCUGUUCGUUGAUUUCCAUGUUCUCCCCUGUUCUACAUGUUCUCCCCUGUUCUCCAUGUUCUACAUGUUCUUCUCUGUUCUCCAUGUUCUCUUCUUGCAGGUGACUCACUCAGGUGUUUGAUUCCUCAGGUCUCAUCACUCCCCUGUCGUCACUGCGUUGCCGUGGUGAUGUUUGGUCGCAGGAAGAAGAAGCGCAGGCCGGAGAUCUCGGCGCCACAAGACGUUCAACACCGCGUGCACACAUCGUUCAACGCCACCACAGGACGUUAUGUGGGUCUGCCACCACAGUGGCAGAGCGUCAUCGACACGCAGAGGAGGCCACGCCCCCUGGUGGACCCUUCCAGGAUCACUGAGGUCGAGCUCGGACCCAAGAAGACGAUUGUUCGCGGCAGUUUCAUCGGUCACAGCGACUACAUCAGUCACGUGAUCUCUCAGAUGAGCCAUCUCUCCGUCUCCAGCUCCAACUCCCUGCGUCGCAGCAGCCUCUCGGCACGGAAACGAGCCCGGUCACUGGGUGGACUGUUGGAGUCCUCCCAGUUCGAGGAGCUCAAUUGCAAUGGAGACGUGAGGAAGAGCGACAGCAGCUCCACCUACUGGCAAGACCGGGUUUGCUGCGAGGCCGGUAGCCCCAAACUGAACGGAGCUCCUCAGGGAAUCAAGUGUACCUGCCCGGUGGGGUUUGAGGCCACGCCCCAGAGGACAGGUGUAUGGUACGCCCACAGUGAGGGGAAGGGGCUGACUUCCUGUAACUAUCGCCUGAGACUAAGAGCAGCUGUCAACCACCUGCCUGACCUGCUGUCAUCUGCCAAAGAAACUCCGAGAAGACCACACUCCUCCUACGACCUCAACUUGACCUCCCCUCCCCCUCCCAUCCUGCUGCCUCCCCCGAACAGCACCAGCAGUCCCUUCAUCAUAGGGAGAGGUUUACCUCAGCGCUCGCUCCGCCCCUACGCCAGUUUUAACCUGACCACAACGCCCCAGAGCCAGCCUCACCAAUCCCCCACUGGGUCACCUGCCCACCUCCCCACCCAACUCUGCCCCUCCUCCUCCCAGCAGACAGAACCUGAUGGAGGUCGCGAGAAGGUGAGCCAUGAGCAGUUCAAGGCGGCGCUACAGAUGGUGGUGGACCCGGGCGAUCCGAGGACGACCCUCGAGAACUUUGUUAAGAUCGGGGAGGGGUCGACAGGUGUUGUCUGCAUCGCCCGAGAGAGACUGAGCGGGCAGCAGGUGGCUGUGAAGAUGAUGGAUGUGAGGAAGCAGCAGCGCAGAGAGCUGCUUUUUAACGAGGUGUUGAUCAUGAGGGACUACCGGCACCAGAACGUGGUUCAGAUGUACCGCAGCGCUCUGGUGCAGGAGGAACUCUGGGUAAUCAUGGAGUACCUGCAGGGAGGAGCUCUCACCCACAUCAUCAGUGAAACCAGGUUGAACGAGGAGCAGAUAGCGACAGUGAGCGAGGGCGUUCUGCAGGCGUUAACGUACCUUCACUCAGAGGGGGUCAUUCACAGAGACGUGAAGAGCGACUCCAUCUUGCUGACACUGGACGGGAGGAUAAAAUUGUCAGACUUUGGUUUCUGCGCUCAGAUCAGUGAAGAGGUUCCGAAGAGGAAGUCACUUGUGGGGACUCCAUACUGGAUGGCUCCUGAGGUCAUCUCCAAAACGCCAUACGGUCCCGAGGUGGACAUCUGGUCUCUGGGCAUCAUGGUGGUGGAGAUGGUUGAUGGAGAGCCGCCAUAUUUCAGUGACACUCCCAUCAAUGCCAUGAAGAAGCUGAGAGACGAAGCAGCACCAAGCGUCAAGAACAUCCAGAGGGUGUCUCCCGUGUUACAUGACUUCCUGGGCUGCAUGUUGACUCGUGACACGCUGCAGCGUCGCAGCGGCACCGACCUGCUGAAGCACCCAUUCCUGCUGCAGGCCGUAUCCCCGCGCUGCCUGGUGCCCCUGGUGGAGCUGCACCAUAAACGCAUGUCGCUCUGCUAAAAACCUGAGAGUGUGUACGAGACGCUGAGAGCAGCUCGGCAGCAUCACACCUGUGUCUCAUUGGUCGCAACGAAGGACUUCAACAGCCAAUCACAUACCAAGUGUUGCUGUUGCCUAUCAGACCUCUAUCAACCAAUAAGGUGAGUUAAAUCAUCCUAACAAUGGCGGCACGGCGACUGGCUGAACACUGACAGUCAAUUCAGGUCAUGAACUUUGACCUGUCACCCCAGAGCAGGAAGUGAUAUCAUCAAAUCUUUUCAAAAUAAAUGUAGCUUUAGAAGAACUUUAUGUUCAAGUAUUAAAAAUGUAAAUGAUUGAUUUGUUUUUAAGGUUUAAAAUGUUUAUUCUUGUGAAAGAUUAAAAAUUUCUAACUUAAAUUUUUUGUUGUUUGUCACAAACUUCUAUUUUUGAUCAACUUUAGUGAAAAUGGGAAUAUUUAAAUACAUUUGACUAAUUAACACAAUCAAUUAUCAAAGUAUUAUUUUUUAUGAAAUAAUAUUUAAAAUAUUGUUGUCAUACA